AUGUUAAGGACCUUAAAAAGUGGUCUUUCAAGAGCUUUGCGCAGUGCAAAAGGAACAAAACCCUAUUCAAAAUCAUCCAUCAUGGCUAAGAGCACGUACCUGGCCGAUCAUAAGGCCCCGCUCGUAAUGCUCAGCGCAAAGGAUUUCUUUGCGCAAUUGAGUCGUGACGAAAAAUUUUAUGCUCACUACAUGUCAAAAGCUUCCCACGCAGGGUCUAGAGUUGUGCUGAGACAGGUUUCUCACGAAAGUGAAUCUAUUUACGACCUGAUCAAGACCAUCCAUGAAAAGUUGAAGGGUACCUACCCAGAGGGCGAAGAAACUGACUUAUACCUGGAAUACGUUUCUCAGUUCCUCUCCAACUUAGGUAACUAUAAAUCCUUUGGCGAUUUUAAGUUUGUCCCCCGUUGCUCGGAAUCAUUUAUUAUGGGCCUUCUAGAAUUGGCCGGCAUCGACAAAAAUUCGAAGCCCUCAAAUAAGUCCUGUCCUUACAAAACAUGGGCCGAUGUUGUUUCCAAAGGCAUAUUCCAUGUCGACGAGAAGUGCGCAUUGCUUGGUUUCCCUUCUGAGGGUCAUUGUUCCUCAUAUUACUUUGGAGAUGUGUCGCCAGAAGAUAUGAGACUUUUGAAAGACGAAGUAUUUGGCCAUUUGAAAAUCUUACCCGAGAAUACAAGAAUCAAGAAGUUAAGCAGCAACAAUUUCGAAAUCCUCGUUGCCUCAAAGGUUUCAAACUACACUUUGCCUGAAUACCCAAAAUCACCAGUCAAACUCUCGAAUGGAGCCGAAGUUAUUUUUGUGUUUGGCGACCAUUCCCGCGAAAUGGGCUUAAUCGCAGACUACCUUCGCAAAGCUCGCGAUUAUGCGGCUAAUGAUACCCAAAAAAGCAUGCUAGAUGCCUAUAUUAAGCACUUCGAAACCGGUUCAUCUCACGCGCACAAAGAUUCCCAAAAACUUUGGGUUAAGGACUUAUCUCCAGUCAUUGAAACAAACGUUGGUUUUAUCGAGACAUACAGAGAGCCAUCUGGUAUAAUUGGUGAAUUUGAAUCUUUGGUUGCGAUUCAAAACAAAGAGCGCACUCAGAAGUUUGCAACUAUGGUCCAGAAUGCUGGAAAGUUCAUUUCUUUGUUGCCCUGGGACAAAGAAUUUGAGAAGCCCAAGUUCCAACCCCCAGACUUCACUUCUUUGGAGGUCUUGACUUUUGCAGGUAGUGGAAUUCCAGCCGGUAUUAACAUUCCGAACUAUGAUGAUGUUAGGUUAAACAUUGGAUUCAAGAAUGUUUCCUUAGGAAACAUUCUGAGCUCAUCUCUAGGGUCUAAAAUGCCCAUCACUUUUGUGACUGAUGACGACCGCAAGAUCUUGGAAAAGUUCCAGAGCGAUUCAUUUGAAGUCCAAGUUGGUAUUCACGAGUUGUUGGGCCAUGGUUCCGGAAAGCUGUUGAGCGAACUGGAUGAUGGCACGUUCAAUUUUGAUAAAGAAAAUCCUCCGCUAGGUCUUGAAGGAAAACCUGUGACUACAUACUACAAAAAGGGAGAGACAUGGGGUUCCAAAUUUGGCCAGCUUGCUGGUGCAUUUGAAGAAUGUCGUGCGGAAGUCAUUGCCAUGUAUCUGAUUACAAAUCGCGAGCUUCUUGAAAUCUUUGGUUUCAAGACGCAAGAGGAUCAGGAUAACAUUAUAUAUGCUGGCUACUUGCAAAUGGCACGCGCCGGUUUGCUGGCCUUGGAGUUUUGGGACCCUUCGACCAAAAAGUGGGGCCAACCUCACAUGCAAGCAAGAUUUUCGAUUAUGAAAACAUUCUUGAAACACAGCGGCGACAAGGGCUUCUUGACGCUCUCACACUCCGAGCCAGAUUUUUCUGACCUCAAGAUUCAUUUAAACCGUUCUAUGAUUGAAAAUGUCGGUCGUAAUGCUGUCAGAGAUUACUUGACUCACCUUCACAUAUACAAAUCAUCCGGUGAUGUUGAACAAGGGAGCAAGUACUUCGUUGAAAGAAGCACUGUCGAUCCUGAACUUGCACAAUUUAGGUCGAUCGUCAUUGAAAAGAAGUUGCCAAGGAGGCAAUUUAUUCAAGCAAACACAGUCAUAGAGAAAGGAGACGUUUCACUGAAGGAGUAUGAUGAAACGUCUGUUGGCAUGCUUCAAUCCUACCUUGAGAGAGAGGUCUGA